UGAAGGCAGGCGCCAGGCGGCCCCCGCCCCUGCCUCACGAGGGGCUGCUGGCUCCCCGCGGGGCCCAGGCGCUGCCCGGGGCCUGCCCACGGGGAGGUGGCGGCGGUGCCGCGGGUGUGCUCGGACCCAUGGGGUCUGGCAGGGGGAAGGUGGGCCCCACGCGUGCGGGGAACCCCUAGGCUCUCGGGAAGGCUGCUCAGAAAGGAAAACUGAUGGAUCUCACCAGCACAGUCAUCAUCCCGCUGCUUUUCGGCAGCCUGGGCAUCUUUGCCCUUUUUCGGCUCCUGCAGUGGAUGCGGAUGCGAACGUACCUGCAGGAAGCGGUGGUUGUCAUCACAGGGGCUACCUCUGGCCUGGGAAAAGAAUGUGCCAAAGCUUUCCAUGCAGCUGGCUCCAAGCUGGUGCUCUGUGGCAGAGACAGCAAGAAACUCAAAGAGGUGGUGCAGGAACUUUCCACCAUGACCAACCACAGAAAGAAUACCCACAAACCUCACACUGUGGUAUUUGACCUCUCGGACACUAAAACUGUCCUAAAUGCUGCUGAAGAGAUUCUGAAGUACUUGGGUCACGUGGACAUACUGAUCAACAAUGCAGGCAUCAGUUUCCGCGGCACGAUUGUGGACACGGGACUGGAUGUGGAUAAGAAAGUGAUGGAAACAAACUACUUUGGUCCCAUAGCCCUCACCAAAGCACUUCUCCCGUCUAUGAUCAAGAGGAGACAAGGGCACAUUGUGGCCAUCAGCAGUAUUCAAGGCAAAAUAAGCAUUCCUUUCAGAUCUGCAUAUGCUGCCUCCAAGCACGCUACCCAGGCCUUCUUUGAUUGCCUACGAGCAGAGGUUGAGCAGUAUGACAUCGAUGUGACGGUUAUAAGUCCUGGAUACAUUCAGACAAACCUCUCUCUCAACGCUGUAACAGCAGAUGGAUCUCGCUACGGAGUGAUGGACAAGAACACGGCUGAGGGCCAGACGGCUGCGGAGGCGGCGCAGGUGGUUCUCAACGCGGUGGGACUGAAGAAGAAAGAAGUACUUGUAGCUGGUUUAACUCCCUCCCUGGCUGUCUACCUGCGAAACCUCUUCCCCAGGCUCUUCUUCACCUUAAUGGCAACUAGAGCAAAGAAGGAGAGAAAAGCAAAGGACUCAUAGAGCUCAGCUCAUUCAAGCAGUCACUGUAGGGAGAGGCUAAGCCCCCACAGUUUGGCUGGGACAUCAGUGGAGGUGCUCCUGAAGGAAAAACCUUUCUCAAAAUGCUGCAGUUUACCAUUGCAUGGAGGGUGGGAAGUGGAUUCCCUCACAUCAGGGCAGGCCCACUUGCUGGAAGACAGCACCUAAACCUCACCUGAAGAAGGGUGCUUGGACAAAGGGACAGAGCUGAGGCUGCAGUGGGGGUUAACUCAAAAGAAUGUGCUUUGCAGCAGGGGAAGCCCAUGUUCUGGAAGACAGCACCUCACCUUACUCCAGGCAUGCUCAGCUUUCCUGGCCUGCUACAAAUAAACCCCACCUGUUUUGCCUUCACACAAGCAGAUCUUAUCCUUCCCCACCCCCAAGCCCCUGUGAAAUACAGUCCUCAGCUGGAAGCUCUUGUCAUCAGUGUCUCCUUCCCGUUCCACUUAGAACAUGUUGCUUGAAGUGGGAAACUUCACAGAGCCUCUGGCUGUUAACAUGCCCAAUCAUCUGCUACAUGAAGACAAAUCCAGUGCCACGUUGAAAGAAGUAGCUGAUGUAAAAUUUGAGUUUUAUUGGGCAAUUCUUUUCUCUUUCUGAGCCAUUCCUUACUGAUGUACAGGGACAUUUAACCCUUGACAGCACAGUACUAACCCCAACACAAGUCACUGCAGGGGAGGCCCCAGCCAGUCAGAGGAGCAGGGGAAGGGGUGUAAAUACCGAGCAGCUGCCAGCAGCGCUCCCAGUCCACCUGCAGGGCCAGAGCAGGUGCAAUUCUUCAGAUGCCAGGCAUAGAUGGCAAGCAGAGGAUCUGUGUGCACAGGGUGGACAGGCCUCAGUUCUCUUCUACAACAUCACAGAUGCCAAUGAGGAUCACAUCCAGUGGUGAUCCAUACCUGCCUGUUCAUGUAUCUGAAGCUUCAGGGAGCCUGACAGCCUGAGGAAGUGCCAUAUUCUAUUGUUUGCCCCUUCUCCUCAUGUGAGGGAUACCAGCACCACUAGGAAAAAGGAGUGGCUGCACAGAGAUAGUCCAGGAAGGACAGAAAUCAUAUUUUUUAACUUACAACUGAAAGCAAGCCUGCUCUCAGGAACCAAGGUCGAGGCCCUGGCUGCUGCCUCCAUGCACUUCCCAGCAUUUUCCACGUGUACUGCCCUGUAUGUCCUGCCCUUGAGCACACAUCUGAUGACAAAUAAAUUUCAUUGCUAUGAAAUUAAUCCUUUGUUCUACUUCAGCUCCUUGUGGCAGGUAAUGUUAGAGGAAGGGAAUACAGGAGGGGUUUGGGUUUAUUUUCUUACAUUCCUUCAAGGUGCUAUUGUACCAGAAGUCUUUAUAUCAUCUGCUAACUUACAGCAUAGUGUGACUAAAACUCUGACACAGGUGUCCAGGCUCAGCAGGACAUUCUCCUUCAAAAGGCUUUUUCUUGACCACUGCAGAUCUGUAAAAAAAUCUCUUGAGACUCCAGACCAGGAUGUGUUUAAUGAUCACAGCACUGCUGCUUAGCUGGGACAUCCUCUACCAUUUUCACCCUGGCUGAGGUUGCAGGUUUGUGACAUGAAGACCUUGGGUUGAAAGUACAAGUUGAAGCUUUCAGGAGCACGUACGUGUAAUUUUUCCUGUUGAAACAGGAACUGGAGGCAUUACCUUCUCUUCCUCUCCACAAGGCAAAUUCCUGUUAAGUGUUACUUGUGCUUUUCCUUUUGUGUUUUGCACCUUCAGGUCCUCUGUUUCUUGGCAAAAUACAGUAUUCCUGCCAGUCUUGUCCAGCUGCUCCAUCUU